AUGCAAGAAGCUUGUGGAGAUAUGACAACAGCAGAAGCAGCAUUUACAAAUUCUCCCAUCAAUAAGUUUAACGUAGAGUGUUUAGAAAAAAUCUUGAACUUUACAAAUGAAUCCAUAACAUUAUAUCAAUGUAUUUUAGCUAAUAGGUUAUGGUGUCACAUUGCAAUUCCUUUGAAGACGUAUUUAAACUGCCUUCCUGAUAAUGAGAAGCACAUUGCCAUGACAAAAUGGAAAAGGUAUCAUUGGAAGACAGUUUGGAAAAGACUUGGGCAUUUUGAUUUGGAUAAGACGAUUGGAGAUAUCUUGUUCAGAAAAUGUAAUGGAUUAGAUAGCCUUUAUAUUAUCUUCUUUGCUUAUAUACAAAAUAUAGCGUAUUUUGAAGAACCUUCAAAUACUUUAACAAGACUACAAACUUGCAAAAUCAUUCAUGAUUUAUAG